AUGGAAUCCUCCUUGCUCAGGUCGUGCGCCCCAAAUAACAUCACCUGCGCGCCGUCAUCCAUCGUCGCCCAAUCGGCUCAGCCAACGAAGAAUAAGAAUACUACCAGUAGCAGUCGUAGUAGUAGUAGUAGAAGAAGAAGACGGAGUAAGAGAAGAAGAAUAAGAAGAAGAAGAAGACGGAAUAAGAUGAAGAAGAAGAAGAAGAAGACGGUGUGAGGGAAGAAGAACAAGAAGAAGACGAAGAAGAAGAAGACGUAGUAGUAGAAGAGGACGACGGAGUAGUAGUAGUAGAAGAAGAAGAAGAAAAAGAGGAAAGGGGCUCGACCUCGUUGUGGUGGGUGAAGUGGUUGUUGGAGAUGGUGAUGGCGGUGGAGGCGUUGAUGGCGUCGAUGAGUCCGUCGUUGCACCUGGACAUGGAGACGUGGUCGAUCCACACGUUGGUGGAGCCGAAGAUGGAGAUCCCGUCUCCAUCGCUCCUCGUCCUGAGCCCGUAGUGCCUCGGCGAGUCCCUGAUAACCCCCCCGCCACCGGCCUUAAUAUCGUGGAUGUGGAUCCCGUGGAUGAUCACAUUCUCCACAAACUGCAGCGUAAUGCCGGCGCCGUAGGCGAUGUGAACGUUAGCCCCCCUCCCGUCGAUGGUCUUGUGGCUGUUCACGAUGAGCUCCUCCCUCAGGCGGAUCACCAUGUCCCGCUCGAAGACCACCCACAGUGGCUCCUCCUGUAUCACCGCGUGCCGCAGAGUCCCCGGUUUGGGGUUAACCAGAUCCUCGUCGGAAGGGUUGUUCACCACGUAGAAUCUCCCCUUCCUCCCGCCGACGGUGCGCCGUCCGAAGCCCAGCGCGCAGGUGGCGAGCCGCUUCCGGUGGUGCGCCCAGUUCUUCCGGCACCGCCAGCACCGGUCGAUGGGGUUGGUCGCCAUGCACGGCCCACCCUUGUGCUUCCCCAGCAGCUCCCGCCGCGUGCCGUUGACUUCCUCCAGCGCCCUGUCGGAAUCCCCCCGUCGAUAUUGCUUAGAACAUGCAGUUCCAUUCUCAGGAGAGAAAUGGUGAUUCUACCAGGAAACACGGCAGACCCAGUUAAAAGUUACAGUUUUUUUGGUGAUUAAUGUGUGGGGCUGGGUAUUGACCUGUAAUCCAGAAAUUUUAACCGCUGGUCACGUGGGUUCGUGUGGGGUGUUUUAAGCUGUGCAUUAAUGGCGAGGGCGGCUCACGCGGUCGCCACCAUCUCCUCUUGAAAGACUCGGCGAGGGGCGUGGACGGAGUAAUAACGCCGGCUAUGGAACAUUCGAUUGGGAUGAGCAAGACGAGUCGGCGUAGAGAACUGGGCAGGGGACGGCAGCGACGUUCUCCGGCCGCUUGGGAAUGAACGGAAUUCUCCAACCAUCCCAUCUCUCUCUCUCUCUCUCUCUCUCUCUCUCUCUGUCUAUCUGUCUAUCUCUGUCUCUCUCGAUCUCUAUCUCGCUCUCUCUUUCACUCGCAGGCUAGAGAGGAGGACUAGAGUAAUGGGUCGAGUAGAAGGAGGGGAAGCCGGUGGUGCAACUCGGAGACGGGCAUCUUUGAAGGAAGAGUUUUCUUACUCUUUGUGAGAGAGAUCCACCGUUCUCACUACUUUGAACCUCUCGAGGACAGCCAUCAGGUUCGGUUCCAGCUACCGAGGAAAACAGCAACAGUUGAUCGAGACUACUAAUAACCAACAUGGAUCGAGGAAGAGAUGGUCCAAUAUUUUAGGUCGAACGGGGCUCUGGUUAUGAACGGACUGAAGAUUGGAAAAGCAGGGGAGAUCGCGAGAUAUGGAAGGGAGCAAAGCGUGGAUGAGGAGGACGUAGACGACGUACUUGUGGACGUGGGAGUUCAGUUCGUCGUUGACGGACUCGGGGUCAGGCUUGUAGGCGGCGAUGGCGGCGGCGCGGGCCUUCUCCUCCCGCUGCUGCCAGGUCUCGUCGAACUCGGCGAUGUGCGCGCGGCAAAGCGCGAUGGCUGCGAGAAGUAGAGCGAAGAAGAAAGAGGAAGACGAGUUGGCCCUCAUUCUUGCUGCACCCCCGCAGGGUCCAGCCAGAGGAACGGGUUCACCGCCACGAGGAGGACAAGGGGAAGAGGAAGAGGAAGGCAAUUGCCUUCCUGCUCAGAGAGGAGGAGAACACAGGGAGAGAUGA